CAUUGGAGUUGGACACGGAUCGAGUCACCAGCUCUCCGAGAGUGCGUGCGUGAAGCCUUCCCCUGUGAGGAGUGGUUUAAUCACGCAGCCAACGAAUCCGCAUUUAUUUUUUUCUUUCCCGCUAAGGCUCCCCCGGCUUUUCUUUUCUUUUCUUUUCUCUUCAUCCGACAAACAACUCGGGAAGAGAAAAGAAGGAAAUUGGUAUACUCUCCGUGUUUUGUUUUUUUUUUUCUUUGGCCCUCUUUUUUUGUUGAAAUCCUCGGGAGCUCUGUUGUGUCUUCCCUCCCCUUGCUCCAUUCCGAAAACGGCCUUGCGUCCUUGGUGUGCUCAGUUGCGGACGAAACACCAUCGGGAUUUGUCGCUGUCAGCGUUUGACGACGUGACAUCCGCUUUCAUUCUCGGAUAUCCGCUCAAAGAGCACUUUAUUUUCAUCCCAGUUUCCCUCAAGUAGUCGAUACUCGUAUUGUCAAUCUCAAAAACACAAACACAAGAAAAAAAAAAAAAGUUAUCCUUCACUACAAUUGAGUAGCUCAGCUACCAGUCCCUUACGGCCGUUGCGUGUGUGCGUCCGUGUCUAUCUGUGUUAGCUGUUCUUCUUGUUUUGCGUGACUAGAAGGGCCGCCGUAACGCGCCCGUCCAAACUCGUUGUUUCAGUGGCGGCGGAACGUUGUGCAUCGCGCGAAAAAAAAAAAAAAAAAGGAUUUAAAAACGUCCGGUUCUUUUUUUUUUUUAGAUUAAAGUUUACGCUUCCCCAAAACUUUGUGCAUUCGGGCAAUCCAUCGACAAAACAGAAGGACCAGUGAAAAAAAAAACUGGAUUUGGCGCACGGCAUCAAAUAAUGCACGCAAAAAGCAACUUCACGAUUGCGUCGGUGCUGCUGUUCUACGUGGCCGUCGGACUCAUCCUGUUGGACGGUAGCCAAUGCCAGGAACAAACAGGCGGGGGCCUGCGCUUUCCCAACUUAUUUGGCGGACUCAACAAUCCCUUUUCGCUGUCGAACCUUUUCCGCCAGCAAAGGCAGCCACAAAAUCAGGUGCCGCCGCCGCCUCCUCCGCCACCAUCUCCCGCCUUUUCGUCGAAUCCGCAAUUUAGCCUCGUAGGUGGUGGACAACUUUCACCGGUCAGCGGUGGACCCAAUCAUUUUCUCCAGGUGCCUCCGCCGGUCUUCCAACAGCCACCACCCGGCCAGCCUUUCAACGCUUUCGUUCCAAACGCACAAGGUGCUCCGCUACAGCAGCAAUUUGCACAGUCGCAGCCGAUUGGAACGCAGUUCGUUCAACAACAACAACAUGCUGGCCAGUUCGCAGGACCGCCACAACAACAGCAACCGCAUCAAAUUUCACAGCCUGGCGAUCAGAAUUUUCAAGCCUUACCGGUCCAGCAACAACCGCAAUUAACUCCAGUCGCUAGUGGUUUUACACCGUCCAUCUCUUUCCAGCCUCCGCAGCCGUUCAAUAGCAACAACAACCUGGUGCCCAACAUUCUUCCGAUUGGUAACAUUCCCCUCCAGCCGCACCCAACUCAGAUUCAACAACAAUUUCAACAGCCGCCUCAGCAACAACAACCGCCUCAACAGCAACAACAACCGCCUCAGCAGCAACAACCGCCUCAGCAGCAACAACAGGUUCAAAAAGCAUUUCAACAGCCCAUUAUCGUUCCCAGUCUACCAGGUCCACCUCCGGCACAGCAAAUUGCAGCGAGUCAGCCGACACCGCCAGUUCUUUUGCCUGCUCAGUUUGCCCUAUCAAGUAACACGCUUCAACACCAACAUCAUCAACAACGUCAUUUCUUGCGUCAAGGCAAGACGAUUAGCACGAUUCAUCGAGAUAGCGCAGCCAGCGCCUCUAGUCACAGUGAAAACGUGAUCGACUGCGGAGCUGGUAACGAUCUCGGUUUCUGCGCUGCUACGGAAAAAUAUCCAAGGAGUGUUGUUGACGACACGAUGCAUAGAUGCCACGACCAAGUGAACCUCAUGUAUGCUGAAGUUCCCGAAGAUUACGAAGCUUUAGGAGACAGCCAUCAACCUGCUGGCGUAGGUCCUGGCCAAGAAGGAAACAGCACCGGCAAAAAUCUAUUGCCUUGGUCAUGGUCGGCAUACCGUAAGGAAUCUGCUUGUGAAUCAGAACUUCGUUUCAUCCAGCCGCAUGUGGCACAGGAUCGUCUGGGUCGUUGGCGGAUUAUCAUACAAACACCGGAGUUUCCUCAGCGGGUCGCCAUCGAUGUCUGUCGCAGGGUUGAUGACGUUUGCAAAGUAUUCACCGACUGUGGUCGCAAGUCGCGCUGCGUUCAACGCUAUAGCUACCAACCGCUCAUUUCAAUUGAUCAAGAUAAGAGACAGGCAGGCCAGUGUCCGUCAAUGGCCAUUUUUCGCUUCCCAACUAGCUGCGUUUGUCACGUCGAAGUUGACAAAAGAACGCAAACACCGAGCAAAUCAAACCGCCGUAAUUCGGUUGCUAUUCGCCGACCUUAGCUUUUAUGUUCGUUUUCAGCGGCGUAAGUCUUUAUUUACAUUCUUCUUCGUUUUACAUUAAAAAUGCAUUUUUUUAAAAACAUUCUGUCUUUUGACUGUGAUAGCCGUCCAGCUUCUAUGAUAUAAAUAAUAAGAUCAACAUUUAUUUGUCUUCAUCAUACUAACACAAUACAUCGAAUCUUUCUCACAUUGCUGAUAUUUGAAAAGAAUAUUAUAAUUUUUUUUGUGCACAGUUAAAUCAUUGAUUAUUCAUUAUUUUGGUAUCGUGUCAUUUCCUGCAUAGAUGUGCCGCUUAUUGAAUCAAUUUUCAAUCACCCCAAAAGUCAUUUGUUCGGUUUUACAUACAACACAUCGCAAGGAAAUUAUUUCGACACCGAAACAUUAUCACCGUCAAAAUAAUAUUUUAAAAAUAUAAUAUGCAAAAAAAAAGAGAAAGGAAGAGAAAGAAAAGAUUUUGAUCGAAUCGGAUUUCGAUUUUGCACCAAUUGCUUUUUACCUCUUGGCUAUUCAGUUUUUUGUUUGUAUUUUUUUCGCAAAUUCAGAGAGCGAUGUCGCUCCCGAGAUUUGAAUUUACCAUGUAAGAAUUGAUAUCACGUAAGCAAAAAACGGUUAAAUUUUUUUUUUUCACUUGUGCUCUCUACUUUACAUGUCCGACAGCAAAAAAUUGCAUAAUUAUUAUACGCUGUACAUAUAUCCUCGUGACACUAACACUCACCCCAAAAAUAACAUUGAAUAUCUAAAUGAUGAACCCAUUCGCAUCUAUUUUAUCCGUUCGACUUUAAAUAUACACUUCAUUAUUUUC